AAACUCCCUUCUCAUUCUAUCCUCCUGAGAACAGUACGAAGUUUCCACGGCAAGCCAUGGAUGGAGAAAAUUUCGGCGGGAAACUAUUUCUAUUUGUAUUUCUUUGUAACAUAUACUCGGUUUGUACAACAACGGAGGUGUGUUCGAACAGUAUUCUCCCUGGAGCUAAAGGAGAUGCAGGUGAGGUGGGAGCGGAAGGCGAGGAGGGAAGAAUGGGGAAAACCGGCCCACCUGGCCUCCGAGGUCUGACCGGUGAGCGUGGAGAGAAAGGAGACGUGGGCCAAAUGGGAAAAAUGGGGCCUAUUGGGGACAGAGGUGACAAGGGACAACAAGGAACACAUGGACCUCCAGGAAUGAAAGGAAACCCUGGAACCACCUGUGACUGUGGGAGGUACAGAAAGGUUGUCGGACAGAUGGACGUUAAUAUAAGCAAGCUAAAAAACGCUGUCAAGGUUUUAAAGAAUGUAAUUCUAGGUAUCAGAGAGACGGAGGACAAGUUUUACCUGCUGUUGAAGGAGCAGAGGAAGUACGGAGAGGCCCGUCUGAAUUGCAAGUUGCGUGGGGGGUCUCUCGCUAUGCCCAGGACCACAGAAUCCAACACCUUACUGGCCAAAUAUGUCAGUGAAGCUGAUCUUACCCAUGUGUUUAUAGGGCUACAGGUAGGGGAGCCGGAGGUGGGUUACAUGUAUGCUGAUGGUGAGCCCCUCCUCAACAUCACAUCUUGGGGCCUCCAGGGGCCACACAGAGAUGAAGGCAGCUGUGUGCAGAUGAGUAACACCGGAGCCUGGAGCCAGGUGGAGUGUGGAGCCACACAAUACUACAUAUGUGAAUUCGCCAAAACCAGAAAGACUCCAGCAAUUGUCAUGUGACUGUUUAAUAAUUGUUUUUAACACAAGAGAAUGUAAGGAGUGAGUUUCACAUUGUAAGCGAAAAUAUGAAGAGAAUUUUUCAUCAGAUCAGGUCUUUUGGCAUUACAUUUGGGGUGCAUGGGAAGAUGAAUUCAGACCUUACUUACAUUAUGUUUAUGUAACAUAAAUGCAAUAUUGAUGGAACUAAUAGGAAAACGAAGGUUUUGCUUUCAAAAGAUCUCAUAUAUGCCUGGUUUUGUGCUCCACAACUUAUAGAUUAGAUGAUGCAAGAGUUUAAGAGGUUAAAUAAUGUUGCUCAUCCUGAUACCACAAAAAGCCCAUUUUUAGGAUUACCUGAAAACAAAAUCCUAUAUUUUUAGGAUAUAUUCUUAACAACGAUUGCAGUAUUUUUAAAUUUCCAUUUUUGUA